AUGAAGUUUCUGCUGAUUUUCUCCAUCUUACUUUUUUAUUCGGUCCAGCUUUGCCAUGGGGUGAAUGAACCUAGUGAACCAAAUACUGAUCAACAGCGUCUGCAAGAGGAAAUCACGAAUCUUCACAAUGCAGCGAACGAGUUUCUAGCAGCAGGGGAGUUGGACGAAGCACUCGAGAAGUACGAAGAGUCUCUAAUUGUUAUCAAGGCGUACUUUGGUGAUGAACAUCCCAACGUGGCUGCGAUCCGAUAUAACAUCGCUAGAGUUUUAUACAGCCAAAACAAGGUAGAUGAGGCGAUUUCACAAGCGGAAGGAGCUCUGGAUAUGUAUGCAAAGGUACUAGGGGAAGACCACGCAAUAGUUUCGUCAACCUUAACGGGGUUGACAAAUAUUCUAGUGGAACAAAAUAGAUUAGAUGAAGCGUUGAUCAAGCUUCAACGAGACCUGGCAAUCCAGAGAAAGAUUCAUGGCGAAAAACACUCGGCGGUUGCUGAGAAAUUGCGUGGAGUUGGAAUGAUUUACUUCAAGCAACAAAAUUAUGACGAGGCCAUGGAGACCUAUGCGCAAGCCCUUGAAAUCUAUCACAGUACUGUUGGCGAAGGUCACAUCUCGACAGCUGAUACGCUUGAUCAAAUGGCUAGCGCAUCGUUUCAUCUAGGGAAAUUGGACGAAGCUAUUGAGUUUGCAGAGAAAGCACAUGAUAUUACAUCGAAAGAACUUGGAGAGAGUGCAAAUGCAACACUUACUGCAUCCGACAACCUGGCAUUUUACAAAGAACAGGCCGAAGCGGCAAACACAGAGGCAGAACUCUGA